AUGGCAUCUGAAGCAGAGGAAUUCAAAAAGCGUGGCAACGACCACUUCAAGCGGCAGGAGUUUGAGCUCGCGGUGGAGGCCUACACCCGCGCAAUUGCAGUGGACCCCGAGGAGUGCUCCUACUGGCUAAACCGCUCCAAUGCCUAUAUCCAGCAGGGCUGUUGGGAAGUGGCGGAGCUGGACGCAAAGCGCGCCCUGCAGUUAGAUCCGGCGAAUGCCAAGGCCAUGUACAGGCGAGCCAUCUGCCUUCGAAAGUUGGGAAGGCUACACGAUGCUCUGGGCGUCUUGGAGGAUAACGCGAAUUCGGAGAACAAAGCGUUCCAACAGCUGCGGAACGAGGUGGUACAUGAAAUCGCCCGACAAGAGGCACGCCCACAGUCGUCACCGCGGUCGAGGUCGUCCUCGUCCUCGGUGUCCUCCGCUGAAGGCGGCUGGGCAGCGCCGCGGCGCAAACCGGCGCGAGCUGUACGUGAGGAUGAGCUGCCAUCGCAGGCGCUGGGAAAGCUCGCGGAGCUCGGCGACCUCCCGGCACUGGAGGAAGCCUUGAGCCGUGGGGACGCAGACGUGAACUGGCGGCGUCCGAAAGACGGCAAUGCCGCACUUCACCUUGCGGCCGAGUGGGGACAUUUGGAGGUUGUGCAACUGCUCCUGGACAGCAGGGCGGACCCUGAGCUUCACAACAACUACUCGAUGUCCCCGUUCGCUUUGGCUGCUCACGGCAGCGAUGUGGAGAAUCUCUUGGCCAAGGUAACGAGGCCUCUGGCGGAAGACCGGCGUUAUGCCAUGAAGCUGUGA